GGACAAUACCUCACAAGGGUGUAAACCGUGACGGAAGGCUGAUUUGAGACGCCAAAAGGGUGAAUGCUCGGGCUUCGAAGUCGCGCGGAUUCGAAACUUAAGUCUCGACCCAUGACACUAACACUUAGACAAAGGAUAACAUUAUAGGAAAGGGCCCAAUGGCCCAACUAACAAACCAACAGUCUUUUACAUCAAGAAAAACUUGUUUCUUAAGGUACGCAGUAGCAAUCAAAACCCAAAAACUUUGCCUGAAAAAUCCAUACAAGUAAAAGCAAAGCAAAGCAGUUGUUUGACAUCUUUAUUUGUUCACACAUCCACUCCAAAUCUCCGCUGUUUUUCCUGCUUUUCCAAGCAAUCUAGUUGCUUUAACAGUGUCAUGGAUUUCUUUCCCCCCUCUCUCUCCAUUCAUUUCCUCCAACUUUCCCGAGAGACAAAUAUUGAGCUAACAACUAUGUUUUGCUGACUAAACUCGCGCAUUUUACCUAACUUCAUUCUCUCCUCUCCUUGAUAAAACCCCCCUCCCCCUUUCUCUUCCUAUUAACACAUCCAAACACGAAGGACCACUUCCUCCCAAUCCCCACCCUGAUCUUCCCUUCCAUUUUGCAUUGUUUUGUUGCCAAAGCAACAAUUUCCCAACAUCCCAAAAGGAGGUAGAAACGAUGAUGAUAAUGAAGCAACAUCAGAUCUUGACUCUCUCAUGUUUCAUUCUCUUUUUCCUCCAUUGCUCGAGAACCUUAGCCCAAGCUCCGGCCCAGGCUCCGGCGCCACCUGGUCCCACUAAUGUCACCAAAAUCCUUGAAAAAGCCGGCCAAUUCACCAUCUUCAUUCGACUUCUAAAAGCCACCCAAGUCGCCAACCAGCUCUUUGGUCAGCUCAACAAUACAAACAAUGGGAUAACCAUUUUUGCACCAUCAGAUAAUGCUUUCUCAAGCCUCAAAUCCGGUACCUUGAAUUCACUCACCGAUGAACAGAAGGUGGAGCUGGUGCAAUUUCAUAUUAUCCCAACAUACCUCUCAUCGUCCCAAUUCCAAACUAUUAGUAACCCUUUGAGAACACAAGCUGGAGAUAGUGGCGAUGGUAAGUUUCCUCUCAAUGUCACCACUUCAGGAAACACAGUCAAUAUAACAACAGGGCUGACAAACACCAGUGUUUCUGGCACUAUUUACACCGAUGGUCAGCUUGCUGUUUAUCAAGUCGAUCAGGUGCUUCAACCUUUGCAAGUAUUUGCUCCUAGGCCUCCAGCUCCAGCACCUGCACCCGCAAAAUCUAAGAAGAAGAAGGCUGCUGCCAUUGCUGGUAGCCCCGAUAACACCCCAGCUAAUAACUCCAAAACCGUGAGCCUCACCAUGCAAAAUGUAGUUUUGUUUGGAGUUAGUGCUAUAGUUAUUGUACUUUCUUUGUGACCAUAAAACAAAAUUGGUCAUUUUGACGGGAGGUGGGAAUUGAGGUGGGGGCUCCAGCUCCAUGAUUUUCGAUGGGAAUGGUGGAGGUCAAGAUGGUGAGUGCAUUUUUUUUUUUAAAACUUUUUUUUUCAAUAAUUAUCGUUUAAAUUUCUGUUCUAUCGUUUUGUAUCAUGCCAGUCUGUUAUGAGAGUCAAUUGCUAUCAAGAUUGAAUUUUGAGGUUUUUCUUUUUCUUUUGUGCUUUUAAGUUCAUUUGUUUUUAUUUUAAAAAUUUUCAUUGUAAGAUUUCUUUCUCAACUAUAUAUCCCUUGUAAUUGUGAAUUUUGUGGCACUUUUUUUUUUCGAAGACUUUGUAUCAUCGUAUGUCACUAUAUGGUCAUUGAUUUCCUUCGAAUGCACAAUUCUCCCUUGCAUCAUUUCUAAAUAAUUAUUUUAUAGAUU